AUUUGUUCCUUCAGUUGUUAUAUUCAAUAUUUUCCCGAAGUUUCUCAGUCCCAUCUUUACUGUAAUUGUCUAAUUUAACAACCAUUUGUUGGCCCUUUAAUUAAUGUGUUUUAAUCUUCAACCAAUUAUCAUCUAAAUUGACUGUUGACUGUCUAUUGAUUAACUGAGAGGUCACUUGUGAUUUAUUGCUGUCUCUUGUCAACAGAAGACAAAAGUCAUCUUUUGUGUCUUACUAAAGUCAUCAACCAAAGCUGUUUUCAUUUUCCUCUUUUAACCUUCAUUUUAAUUGUUACUCCAUUGAUCACAGUUUUAAUUCAAGUGUCAACCUGUCAUAAUGCCCGGAACUUGUCCAAGAUGUACAAAAACGGUUUAUUUCAACGAAGAAAAAAUUGCUAUGGGCAAAUCAUUCCAUAAAUCUUGCUUCUCAUGUGCUAACAAAAGCUGCAAUCGUAAACUUGACAGUGGCAAUCUGACUACACACGAUAAUGAAUUGUAUUGUAAAGUUUGCUACGCGCGAUUGUUUGGUCCUAAAGGAUACAAUUUGAGUGGUUUUGUGACAACGGAUACAGCUAAAAAUAGCAAUGAUUCAACAAAUGGUUCGCCAUCAAAACAAACGGUCAUAUCACCAAAAUUGGAGAGCAAAAUCGAGCCCAAGCAAGAUGUCAAUUCCAAAAUUGAAAAUAAUGGCAGAUCAGUAAACAAUACAAAUAUAAGUGGAAAUACAUCCAAAAGACAUAGCUUGACUUUUGACGAUCGUGGUAAUCGCAUCGAUAUUUGUCCAAGAUGUAAUAAAAAAGUCUACCUUGCUGAAAAAAUGAUGGCUGGUGGUAAGGCUUGGCAUAAGAUGACUUGUUUCAAUUGUCUUGAAUGUCAUAAAAGGCUUGAAUCAACCACAUUGUGUGAAAAAGACGAGGAAAUUUACUGUAAAACCUGUUAUGCAAAGAAAUGGGGCCCUUCUGGAUAUGGUCAUGGAAUCGAUGCUGGAUCCCGAAAAGUUGAAUAAUAAUCAUGAUAACAAAGCACUAUCAAGGCUGCUUACUUAAAUCGCACAUCAAUUACAAUUCCAAAUUAUCAACCAGACAGAAAUCAAUGUGAUCCCAUUUAUCGUUUUCCAAAGCUCUCCAGUGUUAUAUUUAGACGUUGAAUAUUUCGACUUAGACACUUCAUUCUUUUCUUCAUUCAAUCUAAUUUAUUAAUCCAAUUUGACUGAAAGAAAUUUGUCUUCGUAAAUUAGGACUCUUUUCGUAUAGUAAAUGACUAAGCAUCAAGUAUUAAUAUUAUGAUGACUAAACUUUAAGCAUCUCUUUCAAUUUGUGCUUCGACUACUUCUAGUUAUACUGAAUUUGUAUCGGAAGUGAGACUUUAAACGUGAUAAAGAAACGCAAACUACUAAAAAUGGCCUCAAAAUUGGUUAAAAGUAUUAUGAUGAAAUGUUAUUUUGACGAGUAAAUAAUAAAGAUAUUACAGUAUUACUAGAACGAAAAA